AAUGCAAGGUGUUGUGUUUCAGUAUUCAGUCCAAGAGACCAGCCCAAACCAAACCGAACGAAGCCCGUCGUAACCGCAACGCGGCAGCUUCCAUUUUGUUGUUGUUGGUGCGGAAGACAACGAGGUUCUUCUUCACUUAUAUGAAUUGAUCCGAUCAGAAUAUCCGAUUCUUAAAAAAAUUUGUAGUGAACUUGGGUGGAUUGUUUCUGGAUCUGUUUCUCGUUUUUGUAAGAUUAUAAAACAAAAUUGAUUUGAAAUUGACAAUCAGAAUAAGCGCGAUGGUUUGGAAGAUAUUUGUAGUGGUGGUGGGUUUGGUUGCAGCAGCUCAGAUUUCAUUGGCAUCCUCGGUACCUGCUUUUCUAUGGUCUCCCGGGUUCUCUAAUAUUGAAGUGAAGGAAUCUGUAAAUUAUCAGAUCAUUUCCCCCAAGGAUCUAGCCAACUCUGUCCUCUCUCAAGGACGCUGGUCUGAUUUACUGUGCUCCGGAAGGAAACAUGAGCACUCUGUUGAUCUGGCAAUUGUUUUUGUUGGUAGAGAGUUGCACUCUUCUGACGUGGCUCGAAACAAACAUGUAGAUCCUGCUCUUGUGAACUUGCUUAAGGUCUCUUUUACCAGGUCCAAUUUUUCAAUGGCAUUUCCAUAUGUUGCUGCCUCUGGGGAGGAAACAAUGGAGAAUUUGUUGUUUUCAGGUUUUAUGGAAGCUUGUGGGCAUGGUUUGGGAGUCAGUAAUGUUGCAUUUACAGAAUCGUGCUCUAUAGAGGGUGGAGAUUUCCAGAAACUUGCAAACUUGCAUUCAGUCCAAGAACAUCUAGUUUCAAGAAUGGAAAAGAGAAGAAAGGGGGAGACUGAUUUGGUUGUCCUAUGCCGUGGAGGUUCUCAUUCUUUGAAAGAGCUUGGCCAAAAACGCCCUGAGAGUGAGAUAAUAUCUGAAGUUAUCAGUUCUGUGGAUCAGUCUGGGACAAAAUAUGCAGCUCUUUAUGUUUCCGAUCCUUUUGAGUCCAUUCAUUAUCCUGCUUAUAGAGAGCUUGAAAGGUUUCUUGCUGAAGGUACUGCAGGAAAUGAAGGAAAUGAUUCAGCCCAUUCCACAGGCUGUGAUGAGGUUUGCAAGAUAAAAUCAUCACUCCUGGAGGGAGUUUUUGUUGGAAUUGUGUUGCUUUUAAUUUUAAUAUCGGGUCUUUGCUGUAUGAUGGGCAUUGACACUCCAACAAGAUUUGAGGCACCCCAAGACAAUUGAUCGGCUGUUUGUGCAAUUUGGCAUCUUUAUGUUGUAUUGAGGCUUCUGUCCUAGGCGCAGGUGGAAGGUAUUAGUUGUUAAUAGUUGCAAUGGGCAGGGAUGUUACACUGUAAUAUUUGUUAACUCUUAAGUUCAUUUUAUUAUGUUGGUAAUAAGGAAGAUACUUUUUUUUUUGAAUGUUAGUUUUGAUUUGCUUAUUUCUCUGGUUUGUUUAUGAAUUAGAGAUCUUGCUUUGAGUAGGAUUUUGUUGGGUGGCUUUCACUUCACAGGCCUUGUUGACAAAGUAAUUAAUGUCAUUGUAAAGAAUAAAUUUCUGGAAGAGAUGGUUAUAACCAUUUGUCUGUCAA